ACGGACUACACCAGCAUCUUGGAAACCAGCUUGUGAUAGGAAAAAUACCUGGCUCAUCAGAAGUCAGGUCACAUAGUUGGUAAUAUGAAGAGCUUACGAAGAGAUUUCUCCUCCGACCCGCAGACCGCAAAUGUCACCAGCAAAAUCUUCGUUAGGUCGACAAAAAGUGGAAAGGUACAAAAGAUCGUUCGUGAGCUCUACCUAAGGCAGGACAUUCCUUGCUCGUCGAAGUUAUGCUUGAUAUGUCCUACGGUUGCUCCAACGGAUGCAAAUGGAAAUAUUGCGCCUUUCGUUCUUUCAGAGCACCCCGCCGGCACAACGGCUUUUCCUCGCGGCCAUUAUCUCGUCCCCGAUACAAACGCGCUGCUGAAUGGCAUGGAUUUAUUUGAGCAUACCGGGGCAUUCUACGAUGUGGUCAUCCUUCAAACCGUUCUGGAGGAACUCAAGAACCAGUCUCUACCCCUCUACAAUCGCUUGCUUGCCUUGAUUAAGACCGAUGAGAAACGUUUUUAUCUUUUCUUCAACGAGUUCCGGAUGGAGACACAUGUCCGCAGAGGGCCGAAUGAAUCAAUCAACGAUAGGAAUGAUCGUGCCGUCCGUGCUGUAGCAAAAUGGUAUACAGAACAUUUGCGAGCCACCGCGAAAAAGGGAAAGAAGGAGAAGGAAUUACCUGCUAUCGUCGUUAUCACGGAUGACAAAGAUAGCUUGCGCAAGGCGAAGGACGAGGGUGUGAUAGCUCUUUCAUUAAGCGAUUACGUUUCAGGCUUGGAGGAUUCCAACAGAUUGCUCGACAUGAUCAAUGAGUCAAGGGAGCAAAGAGAGACUAAAGGUGCACGUGGAGAGCUUUUCUACCCAGAGUACUAUACCAUGUCCAAAAUUAUGACAGAAUUGAGAGCCGGUACCUUACACCAAGGUGUAUUCAAUGUGUCGCCUUACAACUAUCUGGAAGGCUCCGUCAACGUCGCAGCGUUCGAUAAGCCUCUUCUAAUCCUGGGCCGUGGUAACAGCAACAGAGCCAUCUCUGGAGAUGUUGUUGUGAUAGAAGUGCUUCCCAAGGAUCAGUGGAAAUCUCCCUCAACUAAGAUUGUCGAGGAAGAAGCGGUAACCAAGAAUGACAACCCUGAUGCUGAGGAUGUUGAAGCUGUGGUCACAGAAAGGGAGCGCAAAGCAUUGCAGGAGGAGGUCAGGCAAGCGCAUGGAAAGAGCACGGAAGGAAGGCCUCAACCGACAGCUAAAGUUGUGGGCGUGAUUAAACGAAACUGGCGGCAGUAUGUCGGGCACGUUGACUCAGGAUCGGCAGGCACUCAAACCAGCGCUGGUCGACGACAGCAAAAUGUUUUCGUUUUACCUAUGGACAAGCGGGUACCUAAGAUUAGGGUCCGCACCAGGCAAGCCUCCGAAUUGCUGGGUCAACGAAUCCUCGUCACAAUUGAUGCAUGGGAUCGUGAUUCUCGGUAUCCCACAGGACACUUCAUCCGGUCUUUGGGAGAGCUUGAGACAAAGGGAGCUGAGACAGAAGCCCUGCUACUUGAAUAUGAUGUACAAUAUAAGCCCUUCCCGAAAACCGUUCUCGAUUGCCUUCCCGCAGAGGGACAUGACUGGAAAGUCCCAGCUAGCAAGGAAGACAUCGGCUGGAAAGGCCGCAGAGACCUCAGGGAUCUUCUCAUCUGUAGUAUUGACCCCCCAGGCUGUCAGGAUAUUGAUGAUGCUCUACACGCACGACCUUUGCCCAAUGGCAACUUCGAAGUGGGCGUCCAUAUCGCGGAUGUAUCGCAUUUCGUUAAGCCAAACAAUGCGAUGGACCUCGAGGCGAGUGUCCGUGGAACAACAGUAUAUUUGGUCGACAAGCGUAUUGAUAUGCUUCCGCACUUGCUUGGUACCGAUCUCUGCUCUCUCAAGCCUUAUGUGGAGCGCUAUGCUUUCUCUGUUUUGUGGGAGAUGACCCCUAAUGCAGAGGUUGUUUCCACUGACUUCACAAAGUCGGUCAUUCGUUCUCGUGAGGCCUUCAGUUACGAGCAGGCUCAGAUGCGCAUUGACGAUCCAUCGAAGAAGGAUGAACUGACAGAGAGCAUGCGCACUUUGCUUCGAUUCUCUAAGAUUCUCCGCCAAAAGCGUAUGGAUGCAGGUGCUCUGAACCUCGCCUCGCCAGAAGUCCGUAUCGAAACUGAUAAUGACGAGGUUGGAGAUCCACUUACGGAUGUCAAGACAAAGGCUAUGCUCUCGACCAACAGUCUUGUGGAAGAGUUCAUGCUUCACGCUAAUAUCACGGUCGCAGCAAAAAUCUACAGCACAUUCUCUCAAACCGCUAUGCUACGACGACAUGCUACCCCUCCGCCGCAGAACUUUGAAGAACUCAUCAACCAGCUUUCCAAGAAGCGGGAUAUGAGACUUGAUGUUUCUAGCUCCCGCGCUCUCGCCGACUCGCUAGACCAAUGCGUUGACGCUAAGAACCCCUUUUUUAACACCCUUGUCCGCAUUCUCGCUACUCGUUGUAUGACAUCUGCAGAAUAUUUCUGUGCAGGUGCACAUGCUGAGUCGGAAUUCCGCCAUUAUGGUUUAGCCUCUCCCAUCUAUACCCAUUUUACCUCACCUAUUAGACGAUAUGCAGACUUGUUGGUCCACCGACAACUUGCAUCUGCCAUUGGAUACGAAGGUGAAGACGGUCGUGCUGUCGUAGAGGGUGUCAUGACACGCAACCGCCUGGAGGACAUCUGCCGCAACAUCAACCACCGUCACCGCAAUGCCCAACACGCUGGCCGAGCUAGCAUCGAGUAUUACGUUGGCCAGGCACUGAAAGCGCGCGGUGAGAAGUUAUCCGCCGACGGAGUGGACGGCGGCAUCGAAGAAGAUGGCUACGUCAUGCGCGUUUUUGAGAACGGCGUGGUGGUGUUUGUUCCGCGAUUCGGCAUCGAGGGUGUCGUCCGUCUGGAGGACUUUGUGCUCAAGGGUGAUGCCUCCCUGCGCUCUGUCGAGGAACGACGAGAGCUAGUGGUACGUCGAGAGAGCGAAUUUGACAAUGAGGAGUACACUCUUCAGGUCUCAGAUAAAGGCCACACUGAUCGAAGUAUGAGUGUUGGACUUUUCCAGAGAGUCAAGGUCAACGUCAGCUCUGUGAAGGAAGAAAGUGGCCGGGGUGCUGGAAAGAGAAGGGUGAGGGUAUUGAUAUUGGGAGCUCAAGAUUAAGAACAAGUAAAAAGAGAAGAAAAAGCACGUCUAAUGAUGGUAUUUUGGUGUUGGUCAUAAGAUGAGAUUAUCUGGAGUCUAGUGAUUAUCAAUAGGUC